UUGGUCGCAUUGUUGGUCCAAAGUGGUGAAACUCUUUCGUCGGAGAAUUUUUUGAAAAUUUUCAGUCUAAGCAUCGUAAAUUUUGUUGCUGUGGAAUGGUCAUCUGCGUGUCAACAGAUUUUCACUAUUUUAUUAGAACUCAUUAAUGAAGAAUCUCGAUAUAAAACGAUUCGACUAGCAACAGUUGAUGCUGAAAACUUACCGGAGGUAUUUCAUGCAAAUAGCGUCAAUGCAGUUCCUACUCUUAUCUUCUUUAAGAACGGAAUGGAAAUUGAUCGAGUGAAUGGAUUCAAUCCUGAUGAGCUUAAAAUCAAGUUGGUGAAAAAUUCUUUUAAUUUAGUUUCGGCGAAUUCCACUCCAGAGUCGUUACCUAAAUUGAAUGAGCUGUUGAAAAAGCUGAUAAACCAGUCGCGCCUUGUAUUGUUCAUGAAAGGAACCAUUGAGAAUCCAAAAUGCGGAUUUAGUCGUGAAAUGUUAAACCUUUUGAAUGAACUGAAUGCGGAUUUUUCAAUAUUUGACGUACUAUCAGAUGAAACUGUUCGUCAAGGUCUUAAGGAAUAUAGUCAGUGGCAAACUUAUCCGCAGUUGUAUUUGGACGGAAAACUUGUUGGUGGACUUGACGUUAUUAAAGAAGAAAUUAAAGAUCCUGAUUUCGUUAACAAACUUCCAAAAAAAAUGAAUCUAGAAGAUCGUUUGAAAAUCCUCAUAAGGCAAUCCCGGCUCGUGUUAUUUAUGAAAGGUGUGCCUGAAUCUCCCAAAUGCGGAUUUAGUCGGCAGAUGGUUGAAUUAUUAAAUAGUUUGAAUGCCGACUUCACUGCAUUCGAUAUCUUGUCCGAUGAAGAAGUUCGUCAAGGUCUUAAAAAAUUCAGUAAGUGGCCCACUUAUCCUCAGCUCUAUCUUGAUGGAGAAUUAAUUGGCGGCCUUGAUGUUUUUCGUCAAGAGAUGGAGAAUGAAACCUUUAUUGGUAGAUUACCUAAGUGUAUAUGA